UGAAAAGAAAAUGCAACAGAAAAAAUGACACGAUCGCAGGAGAAACCAAAGAAAAGUUCCUUUUUCUUUAUUUUCUUCGUCCUCUUGUUCUCGACUCGCUGCCCACUGCGUCACCCGAAUCCCUUCGAUCCAAUCUCCAAACCCUAGGCAGCCCGCCAUCAGAUUGUUAGGUCCUCCUUCCUUAAACCGCGGCGGCCGGCCAUGUCCCACGGCGGCGGCGGCGGGAGGGCGAAAGUGACGCCGAACCUGGCGGUGGACGGCGAGGGCACGCGGACGCUCAAUCUCACCGUGCUGCAGCGCCUCGACCACGCCGUUGAGGACAUCCUCAUCACCGCGGCUCACGUCACGCUCUACGACUUCGACACCGACAUCAACCAGUGGAGCCGGAAGGACGUGGAGGGGUCGCUCUUUGUCGUCAAGAGGAAUGCUCAACCCAGAUUCCAGUUCAUUGUCAUGAAUCGCAGGAAUACAGAUAAUCUAGUUGAAGAUCUUUUGGGAGAUUUUGAAUACCAACUACAAGCUCCUUAUAUAAUGUACCGCAAUGCUGCUCAAGAAGUUAUAGGAAUCUGGUUUUACAAUUCCCAGGAGUGUCAACAGGUUGCAAAUCUUUUCAGCAGGAUUCUGAAUGCUUUCUCAAAGGUGGCACCAAAGCCGAAAAUUCCUUCUGUCCAAAGUGAAUUUGAAGAGCUGGAAGCAGCACCUUCGUUGGUUGAUGGUCCUCUGGAAGCGCAAACGUCAAAUAUCAUGUCAACUACUACUCACGUUCAAGAGGAUCCUUUAUCUGCAUUUUUCAGUGCAGCUGCAAAUGUUGGUGGCAACUCUGCUGUAGCUGUUGCAAGGCAACCAAUUCAGCCUUUUGGUGCUACUCCGGUGGCUGCACAUGCAGCUACUAGUAUCACUACAACACAAUCGCCAGGCUUGCAUUAUUUGCUUCCUUCACAAGCCUCAUCGGUUUCUGGGAGGCCUGCUGAUGCUCAUGGUGGCACUGGUUCUAUAGGAAGGUCCACAAGCCUUGUAUAUCCGUCACUUUUCUCACCAUUGACAUCUUCACAGACGAAAAUGGUGCACACUAAUUCUGCAGUACCAACUGCUCCACCUCAACAUCCUCGGAUUGCUCAGCAGCCGCAAAGUGCUCCCUUGCUUCAGCCUUUUCCGUUACCUACGGCUUCAUCUCCACCAUAUGGGACUCCAUUACUUCAACCGUUUCCGCCACCUAAUCCGUCGCCAUCUCUUGCAUCUGCACCAGUCUUGAGCCCAGCGCUGACUAGAGACAAAGUCAGAGAUGCAUUAUUGAGACUUGUGGAGAAUGAUGAAUUCGUCGAUUUAGUCUACCGCGAGAUCAUGAACAGACAGUAAUGGAUUUACAAGGUCUUCAACGAUUACAGUUGGAGGUUUGCAUGAUCGACUUGUUUGCAGGCUCGUGCAUGAAGAAGGGCGAAGAUCGUUCCCUCUGGCCGCAGACUGCUGAUCUGUGCGGUCAGUGAAUGCUGCUGCUUUUGCAUAGAACUGCAAGAUGUUAGUCAGUCAUUUAACCAAAUAUGCAGGGCAAAGUAACAGGGAAAUCAUAUAUCUGGGUUAGGGAUACAAGAGGUUAACCUAGUGUUUCUUUCUUUUUGUGGACCGAGAUCACAAUCCAGUAUCUGUGUUAGUGAGCCUAUGACCCUAUAUAAUCAAUGUUAUGUGGGCUGUCGCAUUGUUGACCCCCGCCAAUUAAGCGAAGCCA